UGACGUCACCAAGCCAUCUUUGUCCAGCUAAUCCAAACUGUUUGUUAAACCUUCAUUACGGCUCGGUCUCUCGUUAGUUUCACUAACCGCCUGCUGGUACCGUCACAUACGCAAACGAAAGGGGGUAUUUAAAUAGUUAAAUGCGCAUAUUUUGACAGCGGAGCCAAACCAGUGCCCCUCCUCGGCUAUAUAGGCAGGGAAACGCCAGGCUAAGCAUCCAAAGGGUGCCAGAGGCUAGAGAAGAGCGCAGAAGGCAAUCCACAUCCAUCUGCCAGCCACUUAGCACACGCUAACAUUUCCAGCCCGGAUUUCAGCACAGCUGUCCAGCCAACACUACCACAAAAAUGUCUGCCCCAGCUGGAGCCCCUGCACCAGAAGGAGGGAGUCAAGCUCCUCCCAACCUCACUAGCAACCGUCGCCUGCAACAGACACAAGCACAGGUGGACGAGGUGGUGGAUAUUAUGCGUGUAAAUGUGGAUAAGGUCCUGGAACGUGAUCAGAAGCUGUCCGAACUGGACGACAGGGCUGAUGCUCUGCAGGCUGGAGCCUCUCAGUUUGAGACCAGUGCUGCAAAACUCAAGAAUAAAUACUGGUGGAAGAAUGCUAAGAUGAUGAUUAUCCUGGGUGUGAUAUGCGUGAUUGUGCUCAUUGUCAUUAUUGUGUACUUCAGCACCUAAGAAGAGUCACUUCCUACCCCAGUCUAAUCCCAACCGACAUUCUUGCUUCAGACGGAACCCUGAAAUUCAUGAUAAAAGGAAUCACAGAUAAUGAGUUAAUGUAUCUUACCCGAUUGGCUUCAAUAUAACUCCCUUAAACCCCUUCAGGGUCGUAUGGCUCCCUCAUUUCCACCACCUCGCUUCUGGACCCCUGUCAAAUAUUUGUCCCGUGAGUGUGCGGCCCCGCAUCCGUUCCGGGUCCUCUCGGCUUCUCCAGCCUGCCAUAACGAGAGCCAAACACUUGUGAUGGUGCAACAACAGAAUAGGAAACAAUGAUUGGCAAUGAUAAUUGUUACAUGACUGAUCUAUAUCUAGUCAUUUGUAGAGUUUUAUUCUGAUAUAUGCUGUUUUGUAGGUGUGUGUGCGAGUGUGUGCAUUUUGUAUUUUUUAAUUUUUUGUAUUAAUUUUCUGUAUGCUUCAGCGUCGACUACUGCCUAUUAAUCGAAGUAUGUAUCUUGCAUGUUCUAAUCAUCGAUCUGUCCCUCGCUUACUAAUUUUUUGCUGUAAAUCUGCACAGUGGCAACAAUCGGAAUAAGCCACAGAACCUAAUAUGUUCUUUACAAAUCUUUUGACGAUACAAUCUCCGGGUUGAAAUUACUUGAGAGUUUAUUCAGGUCUAAGUUAGUGUUCACAGGUAUUGAUCAACACAAAGAAAUGCAUGUAUUGUUCAACUGUCCCUUUGUAAUUAGUCCUUUAAAUCGGACCGUUACGAACCCUCUGAAAGUCUUUGCCCUUCCCUCGUUUCUGUCGUGUCCUCCGCUCUCCGGUUGUCUCCCUUGUGUCUUGCAGCAUGCUUGAAUGCCCGAUCGUUUUAAAACUGCCAUAGUACCGUUGGACCAAUGUCUGUAGCUGUUUCUUUUUUUUCUUCUUUUUUUUUAAAAUUACGUAGUGUCUUAUUUCGAAAACAUUCCUUCAUUGCAGUCUGGUGCAAAUGCUCUUACUGUAGCACAUGUAACUAGUUAUAUUUCAAGUGCGGUAUGAAACUAAAAGUUGAAAAAAAACAGGAAAAGGUCAUUAGGUGAGGGUGGGAUGCUGGAUAAGGAUGUCUUUUUUUUUUUUGUAUCAAUCAUGGUAAACUAAUACAAAAGUGCAGGUUUCAGCUCUAAAGUGACACUAUCAGAGACGAGAAUUAAUAUCUUAUUUCCCAAAAUCUAAUUGUUCUUGGCCUGUUACACAUGAAAAGCCUUUGUAUCUACGUUAAGUUACUGUAGCUCAAGAGAAUGGGAGCAGUUGAAAAUGCACAAAUCAAGCUUGUUUUUGAUGGCGCUGUCACUAAGACCAGGCUGAAAGAAAUGUUGUGCUGCCACACCUCUCCGUAUGAAGAGCACAUCGAGCAGGUCCGCCUUACUUGCAUUUCAGAAAAAUACCUGCAGUUCACAGGUGAAGAUUUGUCACCCCCCAAAAAAUGAUCGAAGCAUUCCUUCUCUAAGUGUUCUAAGUGGUUCUUUUAAGUGGUAUGGAUAUGCAUCAUUAAAUGGAAUAAGAUUCUAUUUUUAUUAUAGUGUAUUUUUGUGCAAAGCAGACAAAAGAAGAGGAAGUUUGCAUCGUUUAAAUGGAGGUUCCUCUACUUUUAUCUCUUUUUUUCUUCGAUAUAAUUCAGCCGUGUGCAUUAUACACUGCCAAGCUACACGCUAAGGGGGAGCUUCUCUUGUUAAUUGCAGUGCCCGCCGUCAUUGGCACCCUUUUAUGUGUACAGUUGUAAAACAGUUAACUUAUGUAGUUUUGGUGCAUAUAGGGACCCUUCGGCUACUUGAUUAGUAACUGAGCAAUAGGUGCACUUGCUGUAUUUUUAGCUUUCUAGAUCCAGAUUGUUAGGAAACGAGCAUUAGCUUUCAGUCUCAGUCAUAACCUGCAAUAGUCCAGCGUAAGUGUAUUAAGUGUACUUAGUAGCCUUGGGUUUUUCAUGUAAGCAACCAACUAUCAACAACUUUUACUUGUUGGUGAUUCAGAAUCCUUCUAUGUGUGAGCAUGUGCAGGUGCAUCAAUGUAGUGUGGUUGUUAGAAUAGCUCUACCCCAGGAAUAUCCCCAGUUGAUCCUGACAGAUUAGGCCACUUAAAUCUCUUGAGUGAAGGUACUUUUGUUUCCUUGCUCACGUUAGUACUCGAAGUAUAGAGGCGAUCUGAGGGCCGCGGUCCUAACCCCUUCUGACUCCUUACUGGACUACACCCUGUAAGUGUACCUACAAUCAGAACAAAAGAUUACCAAAGACCUCAUUUCUAGGCUGGUGCUGACGAUUGCCAUCAAAAACAAGUGGAGAGGCGCAGGUUGACCCAAACAAUAUUUUACUUUCAAACCUAUAACCUUGCAAUCUGCAAUGAUAUGAUACCACAAUUUGUGUUAUUAAGGCUUGUGAGUCUGCCAUUGUACCUUGUGGAAGUUGAGGCAAAACUUAAGGACCGCAUGCAUCACUUCUCCCACUCCGUGUGUUCAAGUAAUCUGAACCAGUUUUUAGACACAUGAUUCUUAAAGUAAUAAUAGCACAAUCUUUUUUUUUGACCCAUUCCUGCCAACGUUCAUGGUACAAAAUCUUUAUCUAGCGAGAACUAUUGGACAAAAAAACACCAUUGUUUAAAUGUUGUAAUAUGGAACUGUUUUGAGAGAGAGAGGAGGACUCAUAUUGUUUUGUUUUCAAACUCAACCAAGAUAUAUAGUAGAUGGGGACAAAAAAAGUCAAUUAGGUCAGUCUAAAUCUGGCACACCAGCUAAACAAUGUGGCCCUUUUAGCCAUCGUGAUAAGGUGACAUGACAAUACUGAUUGGGGUAGGACACAACACACGUGUUAUUCCAUAAAUCCUGCUGUUGUCCCGUGAUGACUCAACCAAUUUGGACACAAUUGAGAAAAUGAAGCGAGUGCUCUCUUUUCACGUUGCUUUACUGUCCUGUGUGAAAAGGUGUGCGUCUAUAUUUGAACACCGUGGCACUUUCUGUUUGUUGAUGUCAUUCUUUUGGGAAGCACAUCUGUCCUAUGUGAGAAUAUUGCCUGAAGACAUCCUUGUGAAAUGUUCAGUUAAGCUCAAAUUCAAGCUGUACUCAGCUCAUUUGUGGGUGAUCCGAAGCACUUCACAACAAUCUAGCGGAACAUUUCCUGCUCUUCUUUCCACGUGAUCUUGUAAUUCAAGCUUGAAAUGAGCAUGUUAAUCAACCAUGGAAUGAGUAUACGUGCUUUAAUGUUAAGCAAACCUAAAAUCCCAACAUGUAGGUAAAGUCACCCCCAAAUGGGAUAAGUGUAGUAUUAGGAGGGAACCUAUUGAGUUUCUGAAUGCUCACUGGAUGGCUAAUAAUAUUCCACAAAAUAGAGAAAGAUGUUUUAUUUUGUAUUCCCACUUUUUUCUUGAUUAUUAUUGAAAAAAAGCAAAAUGUUUCUUAUUUCUGUGUAAGCACUGACUGGUAGAGGUGAAAAAAAAAUCGCAGAAGUCAACAGGAAGGGAAAGAAUUUUACCUUCAGUUUUCAAGAAAGCUUUCUGCUGUUUACAUCAGAUUGCUGUUUGUAUCCACGCAAUGCUUUAUAAAUGGAUUUAUUUGUUUGAUUACAUUAAUUUGUAAGGAAAUGUUUUAGUUUCUCUACAGGACUUGAUGUUCUGGCAUAAAGGUCUGUAUUGCCCCUGUUUGUCUAGUCUUACUGGAGGGACCUGACUGGAGGAUCACGGGCAAUGCGCUCAGCUUUAUUUCAUUUUGGUUUAGCUUUUAUUUAUUAAUAGAUUUGUUGUGCUGUCGUUUAAUAUGGGAUGGGACACUAAACAAGGUUGGCUCAAUGUAAAGGAGAGGAACUGAAUGGAAAACUAAAUUGUAUAAAAUAAUUGUAGUGUAAAUCUAUCAAUGUCUUAUUAUAUUGAUGAACAUCAUAAAAUAUAUGUAUAUUGGAAAA